CACCUGGUGAGGCUCUGGAGGAGGGUGCGACAGAUACAGGGACUUGACGUCCGCCGUGGGAAUGAUCCACGAACUGCUCUUGGCCCUGAGCGGGUACCCAGGGUCCAUUUUCACUUGGAACAAGCGGAGUGGCCUCCAGGUGUCACAGGACUUCCCAUUUCUCCAUCCCAGUGAAACCAGCGUCCUGAAUCGACUCUGCCGGCUGGGCACAGACUACAUUCGCUUCACCGAGUUCAUCGAACAAUACACGGGCCACGUGCAGCAGCAGGAUCACCAUCCAUCUCAGCAGGGCCAAGGUGGGUUACAUGGAAUCUACCUAAGGGCCUUCUGCACGGGACUAGAUUCAGUUUUGCAGCCUUAUCGCCAAGCAUUGCUCGAUUUGGAACAAGAGUUCCUGGCUGACCCCCAUCUCUCCAUCUCACAUGUCAAUUACUCCUUAGAUCAGUUCCAGCUCCUUUUCCCCUCUGUAAUGGUUGUAGUAGAACAAAUUAAAAGUCAAAAGAUUCAUGGCUGUCAGAUCCUGGAAACAGUAUACAAACACAGCUGUGGAGGGUUGCCUCCUGUUCGCAGUGCACUAGAAAAAAUCCUGGCCGUGUGUCACGGGGUCAUGUAUAAGCAGCUCUCAGCCUGGAUGCUACAUGGACUCCUCUUGGACCAGCACGAAGAGUUCUUUAUCAAACAGGGUCCGUCUUCUGGUAAUGUCAGUGCCCAGCCAGAAGAGGAUGAGGAGGAUCUGGGCAUUGGGGGACUGACCGGAAAACAACUGAGAGAACUGCAGGACUUGCGCCUGAUAGAGGAGGAGAACAUGCUGGCACCAUCUCUGAAGCAGUUUUCCCUGCGGGUGGAAAUUCUGCCGUCCUACAUUCCAGUGCGGGUUGCUGAAAAAAUCCUGUUUGUUGGAGAAUCUGUCCAGAUGUUCGAGAAUCAAAAUGUGAACCUGACUAGGAAAGGAUCCAUCUUGAAGAACCAGGAGGACACAUUUGCUGCAGAGCUGCAUCGUCUCAAGCAACAACCACUCUUCAGCCUGGUGGACUUCGAGCAGGUGGUGGACCGUAUACGUAGCACUGUGGCUGAGCAUCUCUGGAAGCUCAUGGUGGAAGAGUCCGAUUUGCUGGGUCAGCUGAAGAUCAUUAAAGACUUUUACCUUCUGGGACGUGGAGAAUUGUUUCAGGCCUUCAUUGAUACAGCUCAACACAUGUUAAAAACACCACCCACUGCAGUAACUGAACACGAUGUGAACGUGGCCUUCCAACAGUCAGCACACAAGGUGCUGCUGGACGAUGACAACCUUCUCCCUCUGCUGCACUUGACAAUCGAGUAUCAUGGGAAGGAGCAUAAAGAUGCUACUCAGGCGAGAGAGGGGCCUUCUCGGGAGACUUCUCCCCGGGAAGCCCCUGCAUCCGGCUGGGCAGCCCUAGGUCUUUCCUACAAAGUGCAGUGGCCACUGCACAUUCUCUUCACCCCUGCUGUCCUGGAGAAAUACAACGUUGUUUUCAAGUACUUACUGAGUGUGCGCCGGGUACAAGCUGAGCUGCAGCACUGCUGGGCCCUACAAAUGCAGCGCAAACACCUCAAGUCCAACCAGACUGACGCGAUCAAGUGGCGCCUGAGGAAUCACAUGGCGUUCCUGGUGGAUAAUCUUCAGUACUACCUCCAGGUAGACGUGCUGGAGUCUCAGUUCUCACAGCUGCUUCAUCAGAUCAAUUCUACCCGAGACUUUGAAAGCAUCCGACUGGCUCACGACCACUUCCUGAGUAAUUUGCUGGCUCAGUCCUUUAUCUUGUUGAAACCUGUGUUUCACUGCCUGAAUGAAAUCUUAGAUCUCUGCCACAGCUUUUGCUCGCUGGUCAGUCAGAACCUGGGCCCACUGGACGAACGUGGGGCCGCCCAGCUGAGCAUCCUGGUGAAGGGUUUUAGCCGCCAGUCUUCACUCCUAUUCAAGAUUCUCUCCAGUGUUCGGAAUCAUCAGAUCAACUCUGAUUUGGCUCAACUACUAUUACGACUAGAUUAUAACAAAUAUUACACGCAGGCUGGCGGCACUCUGGGCAGUUUUGGGAUGUGAGAAUUUCUGGUCCACAGACUUAAAUAAGUCAGUCCCACUGCGUUCUAACAGAAGAUAGAAAACAAACACCCCAUUCUCUAGCCAGCCACCAGAUGUCUGCAGCCUACCGGAAAAGCUCUACUUUUUCUCCUAGAAGCAGUUUUUGAACAUGAAUGAGUAUAAAUCCUGCCCCUCCUUCCCCUGUGAAAAGGACACCCGUCCCACCUUAGGGGAAUUCUUAACUCAUCCACCAAGGAGGACUUGUGGCAUUGGCUCUCCCUCUGCUGACCACACAGGAGCUGCUACACUGAGAACAGUUGUGGGAUAUACUCAUUUACUGAGCACCUACUGUGUGCCCAGGUACUGUCCAAGCUGCAAGAGACAAAGCAGUUAAGUUAUACCGCUCAGAAAGUUAAAUAGUAAUGUGCAAAAAGAAUUAAUAUUUAUAAAUAGGUCAACUGCUGGAUGUUACCACUGGGCGGAACAGCACCAGGUCGGAUAGGCUUCCCUUUACUCCACAGGCCUUCUCUCCUCCUUCAGAAGUUGAAAUUGACAGUCCAUCCUUAAGGAUCUUCAAAAAUGUGCAUCUGAAGGAUUUUACCAGUAACUUCCAAUUAUUUCAGACUGGUAAGAGGGUUAAUUCUAACUACUGACAAUGUGUUUAAAGUUUUUUGUUUUUUUAACAAAGAAAAAAGGUCCUUAAGAAAAAAAAUUAAGUCAAAUUGUUAGAUUUUGAAUACUGAAAGAUUCAGGUCUAACUAUCCCACCUCAGAAGAACCAAAGGAGUUGAGGGUCUCCUAAUCUGGCCCAACCAUCACUGAAAAUUAACAAUCUUCAUAUCAAUGUGAACCAAAAUAACUACUCACUGAACACCUCUCUCCAAACUGAAGCAAAAUGCAGCAUAUUCUGGCCUCAGUUGUAGCCCAUGUAUCUGGUGGUCAUCCCUACAUCUGCCACAUACUGUCACCCUUAUUCCUGUAACUGUCAGCGGAAGAUGACCCCUUCCACUGCUGUCUGGAGCAGAGGAUGGCACACUAUGGCCAGCCGCCUGUUUUGUAAGUAGAGUUUUAUUGGGACCCAGCUACACUCAUUUGCUGACCUAUUGUCUGUGGCUGCUUUCAUGCUGUCAUGGCAAAGGUGAGGCGUUGUCGCACACCAAAUGGCUCACAAAGCCUAAGAUACUAUUUGGCAGAAAAAAAGAUUUGUAAGCCUUGCUUUAGAGAGUGAGAGGACAUCAACAGGAUGAGGCUGGGGCACAAAAGGAAUGGCUUCCAGCAGCUGUUACAAUCAUAGGAAUAAAAAUUUGGACCUCUGACUAGAGCUUCUGACAUUUCCAAGUGUUUUCACUGUUUCUCGUGUUUAUCCUUGCAGAAAGUCAUCCCAUCAAGUCUACAGGCACCACCCGCACACAGCAACUGGUCCGUUUCCCUUUCAGCUCUGAGCGUACAGUACCCACAGGUCAGCUGUUGGUGAGCUCAACUCUAAAAAUUGAUUUUUUAAAAAUUUCCAGGAAACUAAUAGCUGUGCCCAAUUCCAUUCAACUUUUGUCACACCUAUUUAUCUGAACCCUGUUUUAAAAUCUGGAAGCAGCACUGAAUUUGACAGCCCAGGUUAAUCUGCUAACAAAAACUUUAAAAUUCAACUCCGUUAUUUUCCUUCACUAGCUGUCCUUCCAGAGAACAAGCCCACUGAACCUACAGAGACGGUAUUAUGUUUAUCUUGCUAUUUGUUCUGAGAUUAAGCUUAAAGAAAUGGAUGAAGAAAUCCCAGUUACUACAACCAAAGAGAUUCAACAUUUAUUUUAUCAUAAAAGUCCAGCAAAUAAAACUAUAUACAAGAUCCAUGCAAGGAAUCCAGUUACACACGACAUAUUAAAACCUGGUUAAAACACAAUCUUCACAACAGCAGGGGAUAAAACCGGGAAGACCGAGUAUCCUCAGUGAGAAACGUAAUCAUGUUUAUAUUUUGGAUGCUGCUUGAAUCCAAUUCUCUCCCCAACAAUGAGGCACUGGAUCACCCACUCUUGCGACACCACAGGCAGCUGCAAUGCUUCAGCACACUUCAGCACCGAGGCUGGGCACGAGGGGUCCGUCACCACCACGUCAAACACCCCUAAAGCAAUAUCUGCAGGAAGCAGAGGAAGGCGAACGAGGAAAGGAGACUCAAUUUAGCCCUCCAUGAAAGACAGAUGAGCCUUCUAACCAGUAUACCCCACUCUGCCCAAACCGAAGCCCUUCCUGUCAUACACAGUGCCUCUGAUCACAACCAGGAGCGAGAAAUUAGAAUCACUAUGUGCUGACCCUGCGUUUAGCAGACAGACCACUGGACACCAGGAGAAGCAUAAACAGCCCAGUGCUUCACUCAUGUUGGCGCACCUUUCGAAGGUGGUACUUUUCUUCUCUUAGGCUAACCAUAUCCAGGUUUCUGUCAGGACUGAGACUUGGACCACAAGGCCUAACACCUAAGGGUUACAGACAUCCUUGGAGCAACAACAAACACACUUUCCUGGUACCUUUGUUAUGGGCACUUGAAUGGUGCUGCUUCACAGAGGCUGCCCCUCCUGUCAUGAGGAUCUCAGACCAGAGCUCCAGGAAGUUCUGCUGUUGGUCUGAUACCAAGAGUACCUUCAGGUUCUGGAAAGGGUUUUCACGAGGUUGCCUAUGAAGGAGUCAGAGACACUGCAUGACAGAUACUAUCCAACCACAGCCUUUCUGCAAAGGGACUCAGGUACAUGUGAAUGCUUUCAAAGGCUCUGCACUGGGGGGCAUCACCCCCUCUUCCCUCCCUCUCUGAUGUGUGCUCUCUGGGAUCCUGACCCUCUAAUCCACCCCUUCUGAUUUCCAGGUUUGGCCUGAGGACAAGAAGAAGCCAAAUCAUGCUCCUGAGCCUGCAUUUUUAAAUGUCUUGGUUAAAACUUAGUCUCCUAACCUGACAGGUUGAGAAUACUGAACCCACGUGAAAAAUCUCACACAUUUUCAAAAGGUCCCUAAGCAAUAUACUCUAGGAAAAGAAAAGAAACCAGAUGAACUCCUAACAUAAUCUCAAACCCACUCAAAUUGUGUAAUUUAUCCUCUGAUCAUUGCAGUUUCUAGGAAUAUUUACUUUCUCACCUAGAUCCUCCCCCUCGGGAAGCUUGCUGUCUUCCGCUCUUCCCUCCUAGGUGGGCUCUCAAAUACUCACCAAUCCAGAAUUCUUUGCUCCUCAAGGCUGUACCCAGCUGGCAGCAGAUAAUUGCGGUAAUUCUGGAGCUGGUUGGCAUGGCAACUGUCAUGGACCCAGACAUGAGACACACAAGGAAUCCCACUGGCAAGGCACAGGAAGUACUUCCGGGUUCGACAAUGCUGAUCCGCAAUGAGGAGACACUGGUAGGCUGUGUUACACUGGAAGAAAAGGAACAGAACCAGUGGGUCUGGUGACUUCUAAGCUCCUAAACGGCAGCCUGAAUGAGUCACAGAGAACAAAUCUGAACACUUCCGAAUACUAUCCAAAAUGUGACUGAGCCUGUCCUGCCCCACGCCUCUUCCCUCACUGAAAGGCCCAAGCAGCUUCCCUAGGUAACCACCCUGCUUCACCUGCAGCUUUCUGGGGGCCCGAACCCUCAAGGUACAACCAAGCCCCAUGUUAUUUAUCAGCCUUUCAGGCUAAGGAUCAGCACACUAUAAUAAGGCUUUCUAUUAAACACAAGUUUUAACCUGCUUUUGUCCCAGCAACAGAACCACAGCUAUUAAGUAAGCCAAGGUUCUAACUUCUCUUCCUCUUACACAGUGAAAAUUCUGUUUCAUGCAUUUUGGCAGCUUCCCAGUUCCUGAAGUCUCUGGUGAUUGUAUCCAACACCUCUCAGUAUAGCAAGUGGGCUCUUCUCUUCACUAGCCCUCUGGGAAGCUACCCAAAGGAACUCCUCACCUGGGCUUCAUUGAAGUCUUCAAGAAUAUAGCCAGCUCCUGCGCGAAGCUGGGAUUCUGUGUACUGCUUGUUGAAAGGAGGAAUUUCUAAAAAUUCUAUUAAAAAAAAGAUGAUUACCAUUA